AUGGAGCAUGGCGAGGAGAGCAAGGAGACGGCGCAGCCCGCAGAGAGGGAGAACUAUGGCUGGCUCGCUAGCAGCGCGGUGCCAGCGAAAAAGCGGCGCCUCAUCGAGGGCGUCGGCGACACAGGCGUGGUAGAGCUGCAGGCGCAGCUGUACCGCACGCAGCAGCAUGUAACGCAGUGGAAGGAGGGUGGGCUCGACCCCAGCGACAAGCACGUGCGACGGCGAGCGGGUCUCGACGUGUCCCAGCUGAUGCAGCGCAGCAACGACGGCGUGGCCGCGCGCGCCAACGCCGACCGACUGGCGUUGAAGCAGACGGCGCCGGACGGGUCGGAGCGGCUGGCGGAGAGCGCGGCCGCGCUGGAGCGCAAGGCGGCGCUGUACGGGCGCCUGGCCAGGGGAGAGGCGCAGGACGAGGGCGAGGCGUAUGAGGUUGACUUUGUGGCAAAGGGCACGCUGGACGACGAGGAGCGCCGCGGGGCCGGGGACUGGCUUGAGGAGCGCGACGAGGCGCGGCGGCGCCGCGCAGCUGGGGAGGGGGGCGCGGUGGACACGUCGGCAGCGGCGCUGGGGUCGGGGGGCGGCAUGAUGUCUGAGGACAUGUGGAGGGAGCGCGAGCGGCGGCGCUGGGAGGAGGAGGAGGAGGCACGCCAGAAGAUCGAGCGAGUCGAGUCGGAGCGGCGGCAGGCGUACAAGGAAACCGUGCUCGGGAUGACGGCGGAGACGGAGGCCGGCAGGGAGAGGGCGCAGGAACAGAAGCAGGCGCGUGACGCGGCGCUCGCUGCAAAGCGGCAGAAGCUCAAGGCCGCUUUUCUGCAGCAGCAGAUUGCAAAGGCCGCGGCGCUGGCGGCGGCCGGCAAGGGCGGCACGGGCAAGGCCGUGACUGCUGGCAAAGGCAGUGCCAAGCAGGGCAGCAGCGCUGCGGGCGCCACGGGUGGCGGCUGA